ACUGUGACGUUUAUGGAGAGUGAUGAUUUCUUAAUAGUUUAUUUCAGCUAUGCCAAUGGCAAUUCCUCAGCUGCAAGCAGUGAGAUUUGGCCAAGCGUGGCUGGGAAAUCGAGGCAUGACCGUUCUUUCCCUCCACAAGUUUUCCAGAGUUUGGCAGUAACAGAAGCGGGUUUGAGAGAGUGUCAAGCUCAUUUGAAAAGGUUUGUAUUCUACGAAUUAGUUGUGAAAACACACUUCACUCUUUCUUCAACUAUUUGUAUACAGGUUCAGGCUAAGAACUCCGUUGACAAUCCGAUGUACUAUAAUAGAUACUUACAGUUACAGCACUUAAUUUCUCAGGCUGUAGAUAGUGUAGGUUUCCAGUCACAUGUAUCAAGCCCAUCACUUAAUUUCUCAGGCUGUGUAGAUAGUGUAGGUUUCCAGUCUCAUGUAUCAAGCCCAUCAUCUGGAAAGGAACAAAUAAAAGCCGCGUGCUCUGACCUAGAAAAAAUAAGAAUGAUUAUUCCUUUGAUGCAGUUAGGAUUCUAGGUACUGACACUUGAGUUUGCUAGACUGACCAUAGCAUACACCAAUCUCAAGCACUGGUUACAAAGUGUUGGCAUCAGUCUCAAAGAGUGCUUACAAUAUGAGAAACAAAGAAUUGCAGAAUGCGUUUGGCUUGGUUAAACAUGUGUGGAAGACUACCAACCUCAUAUGGUUCACUCAGGGAGGUGGUGACAUUGACUCGAGUUACAAAAGCAGCAUCUUUAAAGGAAAAGACUUUUUAAAAAAGGAAUUCGAUUAUAUCAAGGCACAAGGGUGACACACUUCUGGAU